AUGAAGUUUUCCUUGUCUGCUAUUGCUCUUACUCUCCUUGGAGCCACUUCUGCUUUGGCUAAUCCCAUUUCCAAUUCCAAGCGUGAUUUGUCUCCAGACCAAAAGUUUGGUAUUAUGAGUUUUCAUUCUGGUAAUAUAUAUGUUCACCUUCAAACUUUUUACGUUGGUCAAUCUGGUCAUGUUUACUUGUCUCCAUAUGACAACGCCAAGGAAGGUGGAUCUUUCCACCUUAAGGACUCUCAAUUACUCUACAACAAUGAGCCUGCUUCUCUUGACAAGGACGGUGCUCUUGUUUUCCAAUCCUCUGGUUCUCCCUUGUCUGGUUUCGAUGCUAGCGAAGCGACUAACAUCGGCUAUGAGCUUCGUUUGAACGGCUCUUCUGCUGUCGCAUGCCCUGUUGCUAACACUAACGAAGUCUAUCAAAUCUUCUAUGGUCAAGGCAACAACAGCAAGGACUGUACCGGUAUUGCUACUGAGGCCAUUGUCCAAACAUAA